AUGAAGCCGUACUGGAUCCUUCGACAUCACGGCUCAUCGUCCAUCCGAUCCCUACAUCACGACCACCACUCACUCGUUGUCGGAGACGAGACAGGUGCGGUCUCGAUCGUCGACCUCCACCACCUCCGACCAACAGUGCGAUGGAACGCGCACACCGACUCGAUCCUCACCGUCAUCUCGCUCGGCGACCAUGUCUUGACGCAUAGCAGGGACAACAAUGUGCACCUCUGGAAGCUGCCACACUCGCCACCCGCCCCAGGGUCCCUUUCGCAGGUGGAAGGCGCGCAAGAGCCGCAGCUUAUAAUGAGUGUAGGGGUGAAUGCACUCAACUUUUCAAAGUGCGCAUACGACGACGGCAGAAUCGCGGUACCCAACGCACUCGACGCUGCAUACAUCGACGUCAUAGAGCUUCCAUCGGGUGUGCGAGUAGUCGAGGCCAUAGGCAGGCCAGACAUCAAGCGCACGGCCGGAAGCAGGAUGCCAAUCGUCAUGUCCCUACACCUUGUUGCCGGCGGUGUGGUUGCAGGCUACGAAGAUGGUGCGCAGUUCGGCGUGUCGGUGGGUGCAGACGACCGCAUCGCGCGCUUCGACCUCCUCUCCGGCGAGACGCAGCUCUUGCAGACCAAGACUCCGGGCAAAGCAAGCGUGGCUAUCGCUCCAGACGCCAACACCUUCGUAGUCGGAGCUUGGGACGGAUCCAUACGAGCCUAUUCGAUGGCCGACUUGACCGAGCUCGGCAACUUGAGCUAUCAUUCGGAAACCGUCGAGUGCCUCGAGUUCGCCUCCGUGCCCAACCCAGACGACGACGACGACGACGACGAAGAUGACUCCAGCGACGGACACUCGUCGCAGCACACACCAUCCGCACGCCACAACCAACUCGUCCUGGCAGCCGGCGGAAGAGACGGCAAGAUCUCGCUGUGGAAGUACUUCUGA